AUGUCGUACGGUGGUGAGUUUGGUCCUCAAAUAAGACGAGUGAAGUUAGAGAAACAGAGCGAAUUCAGGAUCGAAGUGCAACGGACUCGGCCACUCAGGCUCCGUUUGCUCGAUGGGGGAGCUGAGAUUUUUGGCUAUGAGCUUCCACAUGAAGUUUGGUUCACAUUUCCUCCUCGCAUGAUAUUUGCGGUUUUCACAUGGUAUGGUGCAACAAUAGAAACCGAUGGCAUCACAGAAAAUGAAUAUACAUCAUGUGAGACACCGAUGAUGAGCUAUCUUAGAGUGCACAACUCUCUACUAGUAGAAAGACAUCGUUCUACUUCCUCAACAAGAGAUUCUGUACCUUCACAGGGACCAAGGGUUAUCAUUGUAGGGGAUACAGACUCUGGUAAGAGCACAUUGGCUAAGAUGCUACUCAAUUGGGCAGCAAAAGAUGGUUGGAAACCAACAUAUGUUGACCUUAACAUUGGUCAAAGCUCCAUAACCAUACCAGGAACUGUUUCUGCUACUCCUAUCGAAAUGCCUGUGGAUCCUGUUGAAGGGUUUCCUCUUGACAAGGCUAUUGUGCACUACUUUGGUCACACAACACCAACCACCAACCUUAGACUGUACAAAUCCCUUGUGGAAGAGCUUGCCCGAGAACUAAAACAAGAGUCUUUUGGAAACGCUGAAUCUCGAGCUUCUGGGAUGGUGAUUGACACUAUGGGAUUUAUCGUUCGUCAAGGCUAUGAGCUGCUUCUCCAUGCAAUAAGGACGUUUAAUGCAACUGUAGUUAUUGUCCUGGGUCAAGAAGAAACACUUGUCAAUGAUCUGAAGAAAGAUCUAAAAUUCAAGAAGAGUCUACAAUUCGUGAAUCUUGAGAAGUCAGCUGGAGUCUUCUUUAGGGGAUCUGACUUUCGCAAAACAUUGAGGAACAGUAACAUUCAGAAUUAUUUCUAUGGAGUCACCAACGAUCUCACCGUCUACACCAAAACCGUAAAGUUCAGUGAUGUUCAAGUAUAUCAAAUCGGUGACUUUCCAGAGACUAGUUCAUCAACAUCUGCUCGACGAAGAGGAAACGAUCCUUUGAAGAUCACACCUGUGGCAAUUGACGAACAUCUUGUGAACAAAGUUCUUGCUAUCUCAUACGCCAAACAACCUGAUCAUCAGAUCAUCUCAAGCAUUGUUGCUGGAUUUGUGUGUAUCAAAAAUGUUAAUACUGGUGAAGAGAGAAUUACAUAUAUCUCUCCAUCAGCUGCGGAAUUGCCUAGCAAGACACUGAUCUUGGGGACUUUGGAAUGGCGUGUAACUUGA